AUGUCACGAAACCGCCGCAUAGUCGCCUGGCGCACACCCGCUGAUCUCCUCGAAGUCAAGGCUGCCUUCUACCCAGUCUCAAAUGGCGAAGAUCUCCGUCCAAUGGCACUGGCAAAGGUCCGUGCCUGGAUAUCGCGCACCCGCAUCCCACAUGCAAUCGAAGCCACAGCGCUGCUAACAGAAGCCACCCUCCAUGACACCUCCAGCCAUUCAGCGCUCAACUCCAGACUCGCAUACUCAACCGCGAUCUGUCGCUUCGUCAAUGGUCUCAUAGAUCCCGCACAGCAGGCGCAAUUCGCAUUGCCGAUGCACAUCCUCGCGCGCAAUCUCAACCUCCCAGCGUCGUUCGUCGAGAUCCGACAUGCGGCGACACAUGACAUGCUGCCGGGGCUACCGGUACUACGGGCGGUCGCGGCGAGGGCUCUGGCAUGGCUGUGGGACAAUUAUUGGGUCUCGGUGGGUGUCAAGUGGACGUCGGAGGUAACGGGCUCUGGGGAAGAGGCGGUGCUGCAGUCGAAGGCGCGGAUGGCGCUGAAGCGGUGGAGGCAGCUAAGGAGGGAUGAUCCCAGGAAGCCGUUGAAGCGAUUUGAUAAGACUCCCGAGGGCCGGGAAACCUACAAGAUCAUCAAGGAGUGUGCGGCGAUCUGUCGAGGGGAGGAAGGGAAGGAGGCGCUGAUUGAGGCAUUCCUGGAAGAGAAGGGACUAAUCCCAGCGGGAAAGAAGAAGGCACCCCUAAUGAACGGCGCAUUCCACCUCUGGCUUCCACUCCUAGACUCUCUUGACGCCUCCGUUAGUGGCUUUUCUAACAUGCUCCUCUCCGCGAUGCUCGAUAUUUUUAAUACCAAUCGGCCACUCUUCACACUUCUAGAUGGGACAAACCCAGACGACACGCACCCCCCCGAAUUCAUGGAGGCAGUCCUCGCAUGGCUGAAACACCUCACAUCCACCAACCCAGAGCCCAAAACAAACUUCGGCCACCGCGCCAUAAGCCCAAUUGACUACGAUGAGCUAAUCAAACAAUGCGUCGUGAGGCCCACUGAACGCGGUCUUAAAUUUCUCCGCCAUUUACUGAAUGAGUACCCGGCCAUGAACGAGAAGUACGCAAGAGUCGUAGAGAUUGCAGCCACUCAGGUUGUACUUCCGCCAGCUAGGAAAGCGGAGAACUGCACAGAUACGAGAAAGCGGAAACUCGAAGAGGUGGAAGCCGAGGUCAAGGAAUUCGAGGCCAGGUUCGAGGCCAUGAAGCGGCAAAAGGCCGAGCAGGAGGCAAGGCUGAGGGAUGGUGAUGCGAUGCAAGUGGAGGCGGUGGUGGAGACUGUCAAAGCUGGGCGAUGGAAAAAGUGGAGUGGGGAAUGGACACAAAGGCCUAUUGGCGUCUUGUAA